AUGGGAGGAGCAGUGAGCGCUGGAGAAGACAAUGAUGACUUAAUUGAUAACCUAAAAGAGGCACAGUAUAUACGUACUGAAAAAGUAGAACAAGCCUUCAGAGCAAUUGACCGAGGAGAAUAUUACUUGGAAGGUUACAGGGACAAUGCAUAUAAAGACUUGGCUUGGAAGCAUGGGAACAUACACCUAUCUGCACCUUGCAUCUAUUCAGAAGUUAUGGAGGCAUUAAAACUUCAACCGGGAUUAUCUUUUCUAAACCUUGGAAGUGGAACUGGAUAUUUAAGUACAAUGGUGGGCUUAAUUUUAGGUCCAUUUGGCAUUAACCAUGGAGUUGAGCUUCAUUCAGAUGUGGUUGAAUAUGCAAAGGAGAAAUUGGAGUCUUUCAUUAAAUUCAGUGAUAGCUUUGAUAAAUUUGAAUUUUGCGAACCUGCUUUUGUGGUUGGCAAUUGUUUGGAGAUUGCAUCGGAUAGUCCACAGUAUGAUCGAAUUUACUGUGGAGCUGGUGUUCAGAAGGACCAUGAAAACUACAUGAAAAUUUUAUUGAAAGUCGGUGGUAUUUUAGUUAUGCCUAUUGAGGACCAGCUUACUCAGAUCCAGAGAACAGGGCAAAACACGUGGGAAAGUAAAAACAUUUUAGCAGUUUCAUUUGCUCCUCUAAUGCAACCAAGUAAAAACGACAACCACAAACCUGAGACUGUGAGACUACCUGCGUGCAAUGUCAGGAGCCUUCAGGACUUGGCCCGCAUCUAUAUUCGUCGCACACUUAGAAACUGCAUAAAUGAGGAGAUGCAGGCCAAAGGUAUACCUCCAAAGGCACCCCCAAAGCGAAAAAGGAGGCGGUGCCGCAGGCGCCGCAUAAACACCUAUGUAUUUGUAGGAAACCAACUUAUUCCCCAAGCCUUAGAUAGCGACGACGAUGAAAAAAUUGAUGAGGACAGUAAAGAAGAAGAGAAGGAUCAUAAUGAGGCACUGAAAGCCGAGGAACCUCCACCAAAUCUUCUUCGGGAGAAAAUUCUGAGUUUACCUCUCCCUGAAUCUUUAAAGGCAUACUUGACCUACUACAGAGAGAAAUGA